GAUAAGUCUCUUCCUCUUAGAUAUAGGUCAUACAUGAUCUAAGGACCUCAAGAUAGUAACAGAAAUGGUUAGCAAUCUUAUUUUUCUAUGUUUGAUUUCUGGGACAUAUAUUCUAUCAGUAUCGUCAACAAGAGUAAGACUGGUAAAUGGACAUGGGUUACCUAACCAGGGACGAUUAGAAAUUUACGAUAAUCUAUUGGGUGUUUGGGGAACAGUUUGUGAUGAUUUAUUUAACAGAAACGCCGCCGGAGUCGUGUGCGAACAGUUAGGAUAUAGCAGGUUUAAUGCGCAGGUAAAGUCCCAAGCCUAUUUCGGCAGAGGGUCAGGUCGAAUAGCUUAUGAUGACGUCAGAUGUAGUGGGACAGAGACAGAUUUAAGCCAGUGUCAGCACUCCAGAAUCAGUGAUUGCACACAUGCAGAGGAUGUAGGAAUUAUAUGUCAGAGCACGUCAACUGGUGCAAACUGUGACUUUGAACAACAGUCACACCCAUGUCAGUGGUCAAAUGUUCACAAUGAAAAUUUUGAUUGGACCAUUAACAGAGGUUCGACAAUUUCUACUGCUACAGGACCUAGCUUCGACCACACAACAGGAACUUCAACAGGACACUAUGCCUAUACAGAGGCUAGUUCACCAAGACAACCAGGAGAUAUAGCACGUCUUGUGAGCCCAAGUCUAUCAUCAUCAGACUCAAGAUGUUUACAUUUCUGGUAUCACAUGUACGGGAAAUCAAUGGGAACAUUAAAUGUGAUAGUGUCCACUUCUAUUGGGAACACCACAGUAUGGAGUAUAAGCGGAAAUCAGGGGAAUUCCUGGCAUCGUGGCCAAGUCACUGUCACCAGUACACGAACAUACCACGUGGUGUUAGAAGGAAUUCGUGGAAGCAGUUACUUCAGUGAUAUUGCCAUAGAUGACAUUUUAUUCACACAGUCCUCGUGUUCAAUUUAUCCAUCCAAUGCUUCCUCUCACUUGCCUUCCUCAACCACGGACUUUCCCGUCCGACUGGUAGAUGGACAAGGAAGUGCAAGCCAGGGAAGAGUGGAGGUCUUUUACAACGGUGCUUGGGGUACCGUGUGUGAUGAUCAUUUUGACCAAAAUGCUGCCGCUGUCGUAUGCUCAAAGAUGGGAUAUGAAAGUUCGACAGCACAAGUUAGACCACACAAUAUUUUCGGGUCCGGGAAAGGACUUGUUGCUUUGGAUGACGUAAACUGCACUGGACAUGAGACAGGAUUAGAUAAGUGCAGGCACAGUCCGCUGGGUGUCUCUGAUUGCACUCAUGCUGAGGAUGUUGGGGUUGUGUGCAGCAGUGGUAUGUUACAUGUCAAAGCAGAUAUUGUCUUUAUGUUGGAUUCUUCAAGUUCAGAAGGAUCUGCAAAUUUUCAACUUCAGAAAAAUUUUGUGUCUUCCUUUGUAAAUUCGCUAACCAUAGGACCCUCUCAUGUCCAAAUAGGAGUUAUAACGUUCUCCACCACUGCGACAGUCAACUUCGAUUUGAAUGACCACGUAACAAAAUCAAGUGUAGUUUCAGCUAUUAACAAUGUCAGAUACGUUCAAGGAUCUACUCACACUGAUUUGGGAUUAAAUCUGGCGUGGACAAGAGUAUUCAAUCAGCCUGGAGAUCGACCCGAUGCCCAGAACAUCUUAUUUGUUUUAACAGAUGGACAGUCAAGCAGUCCUGCUGCCACCACGGCGCAGGCAGAAAUGGUUCGUAAUAACAAUAUUAAAACCUUUGCAAUAGGGAUCGGGUCUGGAAUCCGAAGACCGGAACUUAACAACAUCUCCAUGACAAGUGACUAUGUGAUUCAGGUAUCCGACUUUGCAAACCUACAGUCAAUCGCUACGAAGCUGAAAAAUGAUCUGUGCUCAGACACUCCUGUCACAACGGCCUCUCCGCCUUUGAACUGCAAAGGCCAAAUCUGCCAAGGGUACAAUAACACUUGUAUUCUCCAUGACUUUGCGAGAAAUGGUUCACUGACAACAGGUUGUGAACAUGAAUGUCAUUACAUUAUGAGUGUUCAAUACUCACCUUGUGGAUCAUGGCCAAGUCAGUCAUGUUGCUGCAGAACACAACAGUGCAUCGACUCUUUGCAAGUUACAACACCCCUUUCAACAGCAACAACAACAAUACCCACCACAACUCAGGCUCCAUGUCGAGAUCAUGGUCCCAUUGGUUACUGUGCUAAUGAAAAGGACACAAUCUGCAACCCCACAGACGAGAGGGGUUGGGAGUACGCCCAACAUAUGUGCCCCGUGACCUGUAACCUCUGUAAAGAUCACUUACGACAGGAUUGCGAGGACAACGACAAAAAUGGGAUCUGUGAGCUGAAUAGAGACACCAUUUGUAAUGCUGCUGAUCCCGAGGGAAAAGAAUUUGCUAUAAAUGCAUGCGCAAAAACGUGCAACAUGUGCACUGAAUAUUAUGCUAUUUAUAACGAAAAGCACGAGUUCACUACAAAGACAACUCCAACAACCACCACCACUACAACAACAACAACUACAACACCUUCGACAACAACCACACCGACCACAACAACCACACCGACAACAACAACCACACUGACAACAACAACCACACCGACAACUACCACAACACCGACAACUACAACCACAACACCGACAACAACCACGCCAACGACAACAACCACCACACCGACAACAACAACGACGACGACACAGAAACCAACAACUGCUUCAACACCGACACCCACAACAACUUCUCCCCCACCACCAACAUCAACAGCUUCACCUUCAACAACGACAACUCCGACACCGACGACAACUAGCUCUACCACUACAACCACAACGCCAGCUCCAACGACGACAGAGAUGGAACCGACAACAACUGAGGAGAACUCCGGAGUUAUUAUCAUUGGUUAAAAAUUAGAAAAGACGUUUAAUAAAUAAAAAUAAAUGAAAUAUAUUAUAUUUAGAUAUGCAGCCACACUUUUGAGUUUUGGGUCAAUAAAUGAUGAAUAUAU